AUGUCCUUCUUCACUCCCAUUCGAGCCUCAAACAAGCUCAUUGCUGAGGCCAGCGUCCCCAACACCGCCGUUUUUAUGGGCGGCACUGACGGUAUUGGAAAAGCUACCCUGAGGAGUCUCAUCUCUCAAGGUUUUCCGAUCAAAGUCUAUAUCGUAGGUAGAGAUGAGGCAGGUCACCGGGCUAUGUUGGAUGAUCUUAGGGCUUUGAACCCCAAAGCAAACUUGAUUUAUGUCGAAGGCCAAAUAUCCAUGGUCGCAGACUCUCAGCGUAUGGCCGAUAGUAUCUCCGUCCAAGAAGAGAAAAUCAACCUCCUCUUUCUCUCAGCAGGCUAUUUGCCUUUCAAUGGGCGCCAAGGCGAGUACUCAGGCCACACCUGCGAGACUUCUGAGGGCCUAGAGGCAUCUCAAGUCGUGUCCUACUACAGCCAUAUUGUAUUCAUCACGUCUCUCCUUCCUCAGCUUAGAGCCGCCGCCAAGUCUUCGGAAUCUUCGCGUGUUAUCAAUGUCCUUGCCGCCGGGCAGGAGUCGACAAACCUCUUCCUCGACGAUCUAACUCUCAAACAUCCCGGCCGCUUUGGUAUUCCUACUUACGCGUCUCACGCCGCUACUUCAAUAACACUGACUCUGAAGCGUAUCUCCGAGGUACCAGAGAACAAAGACAUAGUCUUCAUCCACUCUCAUCCUGGCAAGGUUAGCACUAAUCUAUUCCUGAAGAGUUGGGCUGGCAACUUCGACCCCAGCAAGGCUACCGCCGCUCCACCUGCUGGGACGUUUGUGGAGUUGACGCCAGAGGAGUCUGGUGAGAGAUGCCUCUAUUUAAUUACAAGCGCGGAGUUCGGGGGCAAUGGUGUCCCUGUGCAGAAUGGGCGACAGCCAGCCCCGACUUUGGCCCAUGGAUCCAGUGGGUCGCUGUUCUCUAUCAACGACAAGUUUGAGGUUCUCCAACAGGAUGGGUUACUUGAUGAUUUGGAGAAAAUGGGGGCCCCCCAAAAGAUCUGGGAUCAUACUUUUGACGCCAUUGGCUCUAUCGUCAGAGUGGACUAG